GAUGGACCAUGAGAAAACGGGGAGCGCAGAAGUCACGUUAAGAAAGAGGUUGGUCACCACUAGCCGCGCUCCUUCAGUAGCGCUUCAAACGUGCGACACACUUGGCUCUCUCCGUGCCGCAAAAAUGAGCGGAGCUUUUCGGUAAGACCUUUCCUGUUGUUCGCUGUCGUCUCAAGUCACCUGCGACACCUAACUGCAAAUGACGGAGAUUAAUCAACUACAGAAGAACUUGUCCAGCCGUAUCUCAUGCGAAUUGGGAUGAAAGAUGGUUUGCCUCAGACAUUUGUCGCGGAGCUGAAACCUCAGUGAAUGCAACCUGGAUCCUGAUUUUCGUUCAUUAUGGAUAGAAAUGCGCUGACGGGGUUUAAAGUUUUUGUUAUGGGAAUUCUAGUUAACACCUUGAUGACAAGUGCGCUCUCAGAGACUGAGAGCUUAGAGCUGGGCUUCACACGUCGGCCUCUGCUCCUGUGCAAUGAGACGCGGCUGCUGCUGGAGAUGGAGGUGUGCGGGGACGAUUUUAAGAGACAGAUGGCCCGUGUCGACUCCCAGCACUGGUGUAACCUGACGCAUUUCAUCAGUGAGUACCACCUGUUCUCGGCCUGCACGGAGAAAAACUCCGAGCGGAUAGGCUGCUUCUGGCCGAACCCGCUGGUGGAGGGCUUCAUCAUCCACAUCCACAAGCAUUACUUCUCCAACUGCACGCUGGAGCGGGUGGUGUGGGUGGACCCGUCGGACGACCUGCUCGCCGUCCUCAUCCUCAUCCCCAUCCUCCUCACGCUGGCCAUGAUCGCACUAGUGGUCUGGUGUAGCAAGAGAAGUGACAUCCUGGCUUAGGAGCAUCACACUUCCUGGUGAUCACCGGGCCGUGUGAUUGGCUGAAACAGGAAAGAAGCCGGGACCUAGGAAAUAAAAGACAUUCUUUCUCAUUGUCAUGAUUGGCUGAGGCUUGAAAUGGACAUUCCACACCAAAUAAUUUGUGUUUGGACGUCUUGCUAUGUUGCCAAAGCAUAGUAUUCUGGCUUUAGCACCACAAUGCCACCCUGGUUCCAUGAUUAUGGCUCAGCACUCACUACUAGCAUCCCUUCAUCCAUCAUUAAUUCCUUACCAACAUAUGUCAUUGUAUGGUGUAUGAGUAUGGUGGACCAACAGGGACCAAAAAGCGGAUUUCUGUCCCUGGUAAAAACUUUCUUUCACAAGGGGAAAAAAAACAUUCCAUUGUCUGUUGCAUAGAAACCCCCUAAUGGAACCCGGCGGAUGGUUUUCCCCACUCCCCAAGGAUGAAGCCAAGGCACUGUGGACGCUCUCUGCUCUCGCCCUCUGGUAACCCAGCGGAUGGUUUUCCCCACUCCCCGAGGAUGAAGCCAAGGCACUGUGGACGCUCUCUGCUCUCGCCCUCUGGUAACGCAGCGGAUGGUUUUCCCCACUCCCCGAGGAUGAAGCCAAGGCACUGUGGAUGCUCUCUGCUCUCGCCCUCCGGCUGGAGCCAUGCCGCCCCUGUUAAUGUUCAGCUUGCUGUUUGCCAUAAACAAAACCCUGCAAAGCCCCCCUGCUUCUGUGCUGUCUCACUGUGGAUGCUAUUAGAGACUGCGACCAAUGCUGUAGUGUGAUCCCUGGAUGGGGCGUUUUGUUGAUUCUAACGGUAAUUUAAUUUCAUGCGCUUAAUUGUCCCUGCGGAGGUGUGAACAUGAAUCACUGUCAGGACUCGAUCCAGAGCACAUGUUGGGCUGUCUGAAGAUUACUUUCUUUUUUUGGUAUUGGGGAAGUACUGAGUCACUGUACUGUACUGCUAAUUUAAUGUCUGAAUUAAACCACAUAGAUAUAGAGUA